AUGGGCAAGGAUGAGGAGAAGACAUUCACCUUCGUCAAGAUUAAGACGCACGUCCUGAAGGUCCAUAUUCACUGUCAAGGCUGCAUGCUCAAGGUGAAAAAACUUCUUCGAAAAGUCGAAGGUGUGUAUGAGGUGAAAAUAGAAGCGGAACAGCACAAGGUGACGGUAGCGGGAAAAGUGAAGAGCACAAAGCUGCUGAUAGAGAAAUUGGCCAAGUCCGGUAAACAUGCGGAGUUGUGGACCAAAACCGAGCCAUACCUGAACGAACAGCACAGCCCGAUGGACGGUCUUGAUUUAUCUGAUCAGAACAACACUCCCAGAUGGGAGUUGGAUAGUGACUUAAAAGACAAUAAACACAACUUGAAUGAUCAAGAAGAUAACAUAACCGACGCUCCAGAUUACUAUCAAGAUGGCCCAAAUAUGUCGCCGGUUUAUGAGUAUAACUAUCAUUUUCCAGCAAACAAGCAGCUAGCACCAUGGUGCUACAACAACUAUCCAUAUCCAUAUCCCAUCAUGUAUAUGGACAUGCCAGAUAUGGACAUUUAUGCAUUUUAUUAA